GGUGGGAGUAGCUAGCUUUGAAUUUUCCUUUAUGGUCAAAGUACAUUAUUGUUUAAACAUUAAAUUGUCCAUUUCUAUAAGAAGUUAAGUAAUUUGGAGAGUAAAAGAAGAACACUAGUAGCUAAAAUCUUUAGAACGUUCAUACAUACUAGUGGUUAAUCGACACAACAAAGUGAAAAAAGUUGGUGACAGGUGAUCAUUUUGUUACAAUGGCAGUAGAACCAGUAGGGAAUUUUGAAAUGGAAAGGAGAUUUGAAGGUGAUGAUGUUGAUGAUGCUAAGAAGAUGAGCAAAAAAAGCUUGAAUGAAUCAAAGAAGUUGUGGGAAAUAGCUGCUCCUGCUAUUAUCACCGCGGUUUCUCAGUUCUCUAUUGGCUUUGUUACCAUUGCAUUUGUUGGACAUCUUGGUUCUUUAGAGCUAGCAGCAAUCUCUAUUGUUCAGAAUGUUGUUGAAGGCUUUGUUUAUGGAAUUAUGUUAGGGAUGGGAAGUGCUCUUGAGACACUUUGUGGGCAAGCUGUUGGAGCAGGACAGUUUGAUAUGCUUGGCGUAAAUCUGCAAAGAUCAUGUGUGAUUACUCUAGUGACAGCUUUGAUUUUGACACCUUUUUAUGUAUUCACAUCGCCAAUAUUGAAGCUCCUACACCAAGACAAGGAAAUUUCAGAAGUUGCAGGAAAGUACGCGAUUUGGGUGAUUCCUCAACUCUAUGCUUACGCGUUGAACUUUCCUGUUCAGAAGUUCCUCCAAGCUCAAAGCAAAAUAUGGGUUAUGACAGUUAUCAAUGUAGUCAUAUUGGCAUUUCAUAUUGUACUGAAUUGGGUGCUCGUGACAAAGCUCGGGCAUGGCCUUCUUGGUGCUGCCAUGGCAGGGAAUGUCUCGUGGUGGCUCGUGGUUUUAGCUCAGAUUUUCUAUGUUAUGUCUGGUCUUUUCCCUGAAUCAUGGACCGGAUUUUCCAUGUUAGCUUUCAAAUCUCUAUGGGGUUUUGUUAAAUUAUCGCUUGCAUCAGCUGUCAUGUUAUGCCUGGAGCUUUGGUAUUUUACUGUGGUGAUCCUUAUGGUUGGCUGGUUAAAGAAUCCGGAACUUGCAGUAGAUGCUAUAUCAACCAGCUUGGCGUUGCAACUUUGGGUACUGAUGAUCACUCUAGGUUUCAAUGCUGCAAUCAGUGUUCGCGUAUCCAAUGAAUUGGGAGCUGGUCGUCCAAAAGCUGCAAAAUUCUCCGUAGUUGUUGCUGUAAUUACAUCAACUCUAAUCGGAGUUGUAUUUGCAGUUGCUGUAAUUGCUACCAAGAACCAUUACCCGAGAUUGUUUUCUGAUAAACCGGAAGUCAUACAUGAGACAUCCAAGUUAGCGUACUUCUUGGCUGCUACUAUCUUCCUAAUGAGCAUCCAACCUAUACUUCAUGGGGUAGCAGUUGGAGCUGGAUGGCAAUAUUCAGUUGCGAUUAUAAACAUCGUUUGCUACUAUAUAGUUGGUCUUCCAUUGGGUGCCUGCCUUGGUUACAUUGCCAAUUUUGGUGUUAAGGGAAUUUGGACCGGGAUGCUCUGUGGUACCUUGCUUCAAACAAUAGUUUUGACGCUCAAAAUGUGGAAAGCUAAUUGGCGAAAAGAGGCAAUUUAUGCUGAAGAGCGCAUCAGAACAUAUGGCGACCAGUCUUCUCAAGAUGAAAUUGAGCAAUCUGGUUCGCGUAGUACCUCACCUCUGCCAGUGGUGACAUGAUUGAAGAGCAAGUGGGAAUAAACAAACAAAUGCCCUUAAGUAGAGCAUACAAGAACUGGAUAAGUAUAGUUUAGUAAAACCAGUUCCUAGUUGAAAAUUUCCCAUUAGAUUUGUUCAGGACUGCAACAAAAAUUCGGUCACAAUGAACCUGAUUGCAAGUCAUAUAUUUUCGUAUUUAUAUAUAUACCUGGUGUUCACAACGCGAUGACUGCUGCAAUGGCUCGAGAUUCUAACUAUGAAGAUGUGAAGAACUGUUUUAUUGCUGUACUUGCUAUUGCCACUUGACCAAAAAAAAUGUUCACACUGUAUACUACUAGUAAAUUUAAACAGUCAAAAAGCUCAUGGAUUUUGUUUCAUUAAUGAUUUAUUAAAUGCAUUUUAAUUUUGUAAUGAGGAUUUUAAUAGGAAAAAACUUUAAUUAG